CUCUUUAUUAUCAAAACAUCACAAUUAGGAUCGUUGUGCUUUCUCACGUUUUCCUUUGCCACCAAAUGAAUCUCUCAUUUCUCGUUGAUUACAUCAGAAACAAAAAGAAUCCAGAUUUCAAUGGAUUCGUGAACAGCAGUCUGGAAAACAUUAUCGCUGUCUCCAAUGAAUUUCAAGGCAAGCCUCCGGAUCUACUGUUUGCGUGGUGGCGACAACAAUUUGCACUAGAAUUGAACAGGCAAAACAAGGACUCUCACCUUCUCCAAAAGAAGAUUGUGUACAAUGAACAAAAAUGGGUAGAAGUCAAGACUGCUAUCACCGCCUUGGCACAAACACGCUUACGAUACCAAACAGAAGGCUUGAAAGCUUUGGCAGAUUUUGCCACAUCAUCACGCCGCAUCUUGACCUUGACCAAUGCACUUGCUGACAAGUCUUCCAACGCAUCUAUUAACGAUGCCACCAGUAGCUCACUUAUGGAUGAUACGACCAAUCCGCUUGUUGAUGAUACUGGUCAAUAUGCUGACGAUACCAUCGAUGACAACGACGGCUCUCUUUUCCCUGGUGCUGAUGACAUCUUUAGUGUUGAUCAACGAGACUUCCAACUGCACAGACUGACGUACAAAAAGAUGAUUGACGGUCAAUCAUUAACAGAGAAAGAAAUCUUUUUUUUACAAAACUUGGACUAUGAUGGUACAUCGAUCAAAGGGGCUUUACAACAAUUUGUCGCCAGCAAGCUUUUAUCGGAUCAUUUGUCAUCUAUUGAAGAAGAAGCCAUCAAAUUACACCUUUCAGGGAUCGUCAACCUCAUUCAUUCCGAUAUGUCGAAGGUCAUCCUAUCGUCCUUGCCCGACCAUUUGAAAACCAAACUUGAUUACAUCCCCAAGAUCUCUCAACUGGACCCUGAUACCUUGGGGUAUAUCGAACGAAUUCUUGACUUUCACUCAGAUGUUGAUGGCAUUCUCGAAUACAUUAUGGUAACCAAGGCGACACUGAUCCGUGGUCACAACCGAAAUACUCAGCAAUAUACCAACUUGGCCAUUAUCGAACAAAUGGUGAACAACUUAUGUCUUUGGUCGGAGAAACGUGAUGAAAGUGAAGCAACAUUCUACCGGCGAUUCGCUUCGAUUCUAGAUACCUUGCUGGCGGAUACUGGCGUGAUCCUUGCUGACGGUGAAACAAGUUUGCAGUCAUCAGAGGUGGCUAUCGCAAUGAACAAGGCAAUAUUCCACACCAGUGAUAUGUCCCAAGUUUAUGGUCGAAAGAUUGAUAUGAUCUUGAAAAGCUCAUCUAAUGUCAAAGUGGAUAUUUCUAGCAACGAAUGGAAAAGGGCCAUGGUCAGCAAAUCAAUCAAACUUCACCAGCAAUCGAAAAAUCUACGCUUGAACACUUCUAACCUAUUCAGCCUCAACACUAAGUUUGGAAUCAAAUUCACCGUUGCCAUGGACUUUGUGGGAAAUUCUGGAUACCUGUACCUUCUGCGACUUGUUGAUGAUGGUCUUAGUGUUGAUGAUUAUAUCACUGUUGCUCAUUUGGUCACUGACCUAGUCAUCCCUACAACCAUUGAAUCGUUAGGCACAAUGAAAGAUACUCUGCGUGGUCUGCUUAUUCUGAAGGAUCAUCUUGUCAGCAUUGCUUGGAAAGUCAGAUCAGAACUCCAUAAACUUGAACAUGCUUCUGUUUUGGAGGACAUUUGCCCAACGCCAUCGACUGGUUCAUCCCACUCCAAGUCACCAUUUAUAUUUUUUACACCAAGGAGCAACCGUGUACAGAAACGCAAGCUUUUGGAAUUAGAUGAUGAUGAAGAAACGACUGUGAACUCCUUCACUGACCGACUUCAAUCACGUGCGUAGAUUUAGUCUUUGUACAUUAUUUCCCGAAUUCAAUAAACAAUACUUUGAACAUAUUUUGGGAUGGUGUGAUAGGAAGUCCUGUAUUUCAUUUUUCGCUAACCUGCAAGAACUGUAAGCACAAUAUCUUUUUUUUUAUUGAUAAAACUACAAAAGGAGUUUGUUGAGGCAAUCGUCGA